ACAGCGGGCCCAAAAGAUGGGAACUACGAGUCCCAGCUUCCUGCAAUGGGGACCCCGUUACGCAUGCGCAUAGGCGGGGCGGACAAGCGUCUAUAUAAAAGUGGCGCAGAGGGCUGGGAGACAGCAGUUGGAAGUUGGCAGGUGGAGAGGCAGGUUGGGAGGGGAAGUUGGGGAAGGAGGCGGAAGAGGAGCUGUCGGAAGGGGGAGGGAGGAAAAGAGGAGGAGGUGGAGAACUGAGCUGAGCAGAGCAUCGAGCCAAAGGGGAGAUGAGUUUGUCUGUCCUCGGAUGAGGCUCCGGCCCGGCCUAAGGAACUGGAAGCUCGGGUUGGAGCGACACCCGUGGAAGUGGGAGGAGGUGGCUCUGGGACCUUAACCCCUUGUGGGCUCUGCGGCAGGGGAUUUAACCCUUUGUGGAUCCAGCCCCUCGGAGGCAGCGUCAUCGGGUCGUUUUAACCCUUUCGAGGCUGGGUUAACCCAUUGGACUUGACCUCAUCUUCUAGCCCACCAAUUCCUCCUUCGUGGGGGCGCUCUGAGGCGAGGCGGACCCUCUCCAUACAUUACGUACUGUUCCUGCUGCUGCACCCCCUUGGACCUGCUAGCUGGCCGCGCUGUGGCGUUUAACCCUUUACUGUCUUGAGCUCCCCCAAGUUGCAUUUGGAGUUCGCUGACAGGACUGGCUAAAGGCAUCACUGCGGGAAUUACCGAAGUGGACUCUGUUGGACAUUUUUUAAAAGAAAAGAAAAGCCUCUUUUUUCCUCAAGGACUUCCAGCCAAAAUUCUUCAAACUUCAAGAAGAGGACUCUGUUAGCCAUGGCCGAGGCACUGUUGCCGAAGUAUCAGCACCAGCUUCCAACCAGCAACUGCACAGGUGCUGAUGAUGCUGUCCAAGAAGAGCGGAACCCCGAUCGCCCCCCAGACGCUGAGGAGCGGGUGCCAGCGGACAACAGUAGGUGGCAAUCGAGAGCGUCCCCCCAGUCGGAUGGCCGUCCAGGGCAGGAGGGGGAAGGGAGCCUGGAACCCCAUUCGCCUGUGCAGACCCAGGUCUGUCCAGAAGCUGACUGCCCUGGAGCGGACGAAAGGGGUCAGAAUGGAGACGAGUUGUCCGCUGGCGGAGCACCCCUGCUGGCAGCAGGAGGGGAACCCAGGCCCGAGGCCGAACCGCUCGCCCAGCCUUGUCAUGACUCCGAGGCCAACAGGUUGGGGGCUCCUGCCGCUGGGGGUGAGGAGCCGUGGAAACAGCAGCAGAGACAGCUAGGCAAGAAAAAACAUAGGAGACGCCCCUCCAAGAAGAAGCGGCAUUGGAAACCAUACUACAAGCUGACCUGGGAGGAGAAGAGAAAGUUUGACGAGAAACAGAGCCUGCGAGCUUCGAGGAUUCGAGCCGAGAUGUUCGCCAAGGGCCAGCCGGUCGCUCCCUAUAACACCACGCAGUUCCUCAUGGAUGAUCACGACCAGGAGGAGCCGGAUCUGAAAACCGGCUUCUACCCCAAGCGGGCUGCCGCCAAAUCCGACGAUACCAGCGAUGAAGAGUUCAUGGAAGAGGCCGGAGAAGAGGAUGGGGGCAGCGACGGGAUGGGAGGAGACGGCAGCGAGUUUCUGCAGCGGGACUUCUCGGAGACUUACGAGCGGUACCACGCGGAGAGUCUGCAGAAUAUGAGCAAGCAGGAGCUCAUCAGGGAGUACCUGGAGCUGGAGAAGUGCCUCUCGCGCAUGGAGGACGAGAAUAACCGCCUGCGGCUGGAAAGUAAGCGGCUGGGUGGUGACGACGCGCGUGUGCGGGAGCUGGAGCUGGAGCUGGACCGACUGCGCGCCGAGAACCUCCAGUUGCUGACGGAGAACGAACGGCACCGACAGCAGGAGCGAGGACCACCGUCCAAGUUUGGAGACUAGACUGCAACUUUUUGGGGGGGGAGGGGGCAAAGGGGACUUUUUACAGUGAUGGAAUGUACCAUUAUAUCCAUGUGUAUAUAAGACAGUGGACCUUUUUAUUAUGACACAUAAUCAGAAAAUGCCCUGGCUUUGGUUGGUUUGGUAAAUCUAGCUAUGAUGUAGCUUGCGUAAUUUCUCCUGUUCUUUAAUUAUGUGAAACUGAGGGAUGCUUUACUUUUCCUUUUAGAUUUUCUUUUGUGUGUGAGUAAUUUGACCAAGUUAUAAUGCAUUUUGUUAAAAAUUCUCUCCUUAAACAGAGCUAUAAGGUGGCCAAAUCUGAGAACCAUUAAAUUCAUUCUAGUUAUAAUAAAUUUAAUAUUUGUUAAUGUUACAUAGUUUUAAGUGUGAUUUCUAGAGCUAAUAAAAUAUAUAGUACUGACUUAUGCGAUUGCAUUUGGAGGGGAUAAAGAAAUUAAAUUUGUUAAGUUUGGGAAAAAAUCUUUAAUGGAAGACUUUUAAAUCUGUAGUUUCUCCUUGAAUGGGUUUUAGUGUGCUACAAUAUACAGUUCAGGCAAAUAUAAAGAUUUAAAUAGCUUCAAACUGAAGUGUGCUUGCUUCUAGUGCCUUGGGUUUUUUUCCUGAUGUUGGAGAAAUAAACCAGUGUUGGGUGUUUGGGGAACAGGGUGGCUCCAAUCAGUAGCUUAAAAUUUCAUUCUGCUUCUCAAUAGCCAUUCAAGAGUCUCAACAAAAAUGUAAAUCUAACUUGGCAGUUUGUUAGACAACUGACAGCCUCAUUUCAUUCCUACAAGUAGGUUUUUAGUAAUAUCCCCCUCCCCACUGAGGCAGGAAGGAGUUCCUGGAUGCCUGGAAGAGGCUCUUGGUAAACCUACUGCUUAGGGCAAGCAAUAGUUGGGUAACUUUGUGGGGCAACUCUUUCCAUUAAGAUGUUCAAACUAGGGGAUAUUGGAUUUGUGGAGGAAAUAGCUGUUUGGGGCAUUCCAAGGACAUACCCUAACUAUCCAAUAUUAGUGCUCCCUAUACCAAAAGAGAACAGGAGCUGUUCACCUUUCCACGAGGGUCAAACAAAUUAGAAAUGCCCCUUUACUACAUAUCAAACUUAGUUUCUGGCUGAGCUAAAUUAACUCCUUGGGGGCAGAGUGGUUACCCUGCACACACUCCCUGUACAGCUGCUAUUCUGUCUCCUAAACGGUGCUGAUCGCAGCAGAUUUUGAAUAGUUCUAGUCUUGAAAAUGCAUCGAGGCCCUGGGAAUUAACUUCUGCCCCCAAAAUCAAAAUAAGAAAGGCUCUUCCCUCCUGUCACCAUGGAUAGAUACCUCUGUCCAUCUUCACCUGCCCUGUUUCCUUAGGGCAAUUGCAUUACUCAAAUCUCUAGCACAGGGAUUCCUUAACUUGGGGUCCACAAACCCCACAAAAUUACAUAUAGACUCAUGUUACAUGUACACUUAUCUGGGGAAAGGGUUCCAAAGAAUCAUGAGCUUGUCAAAUUUGCAGGUUAAAUAAACCCUGCAGAGAAAGGGAAAAAAACCUCCCAUUGAAAAGCUUCCUUUUGCAGCUAAAUGAAAGAGGUGAGUGGAAUGCUCCUUAUGAUGCAAAAGAAGCAUACACAAAUCAAUGAAUCAAAGGAAAUUGAUGGUCAAGACUGGCCCUCAAAGCUGGAUUGAGCUAGCCUUAUUCUGGCAGAUGGUUCACUGGAGACAAUGUAUGAUCAGUUUUUCCUUUGGCCUAAAAAUGACAUUAAAUGUCUAAUUUGAAA